CCGCUUGGCGCACUAGUGGGGGCCAGGCUGAGCAAGGAACUUUGGGAAACCUCUUCUUUCCAUUUCCAUCACCACAAAGAGUCAUAACAGAUAAGACCGAAUCAGCACAAUGUUCGAGUUUGUGACAGUCAACCACCCCCACGAAAUGCACGACCGGCAGCGCCAAAAGCGCAUACGGCAGCACGCCAUCCGCAACGGGAUGCAGAACAAGCGAAAGGAAGAAGCGAGGAGGAACGACAACUUCGUAGCCAGUGUUAUCGACGCACGCACUGGAAAGCUGAGACUGGAAGUACGAUCGAGCUCUGCGCUGGUUUUGCCGAAGCCUCUGUCGGGUGGGCGACUUGAUCCAUUUGACUCUCUGCCUGGCGAUGGUGAACGCUUGAGGUCAUUGAUGGCGCACAAGAGUGCACGCUCUGCCGGCGAACCGGUCUUCUGCGUUGAGGACGCCGGGAAAAUCUUCUUCGAAGGCCUGGACGACGUCUUUCGAGGCGCGUUAUCGGAUCCCUUGAUGUUUCAUGCGCUCUCAUUAGCAUUGGCGCUGGCUGCGAAUAUGAAUGUUCCCAACGUAGAAUGCUUGACGCAGCGUGGAGCGACGCUUCGUAAUCUAAGGCACCGCAUGUCCAACCCAGGACUGGUACCAUCGGUAUCAACACUUACAGCUAUGCUGAUGAUCAUCGGCUACGAGUAUCGAGUGGAUGGAUCCAACGCGAAUAGCAUAUCAACGCAUCUUAGUGCCAUAAAAAACGUCGUAGAACUUACCAACGCCUCAAACGUUUCGAUAUCAGACGCGAUAAGGCGAGCGCUGUUCUGGCAGGACCUUUAUUCAUGUCUCUUCGUUGGCACGACUCGUCUGCUUUCUCAUCGGGACUACGAAGAGACCAGCCGCGAGACACUUCCGUCUUCGGCAGCGGGAUCCUUUGUAUCUCCAGGAUUCGAGAAUAUAAUAUCCGAUUUCCCUGGAGAAUUCGCAGAGAUUAUGGGUGACCUCAAUGCGCUUUGCACUUUGGUCGACACGCGCUGUAGUCCGGGAGAUCUUCCACUUCGAGAGUGUCCCAUUGAUAACUUCCAGUACUACAUAGAGUCCCGCUUGGUCGACCUGCUCAGCCAGAACAGGUUCUCGGGUACAGAGGAUCAUUUUCUGCAAGCAUGUAUUUAUGCUUCAUUUUUUGUUACUUACAAUCUGUCCACCGGCAUCUGGGAAGGCUGUUUCAUCCCGGAGUGGUGUGCUACGCAGGUUAUGACUCUAUUGACCAAGACGCGGAGCGAUCCACGAUGGAAGGAAGAACGCUAUGAAAACCUGUUGCUGUGGCUUCUAUUUGUGAGUGGAGCUAUGGCAAAGCGGAACCGAAUUCGAUCGCGCGCCAUCAACAUGGUCCAUGGCUGCUUUCAUGAUCUUCUGGACGGUCUAUACGAUGACUGGGACCAGCUGCUGAAAGUGAUGAAGACAUUCGUGUGGUCGAGCCAUUCAAUGGAGCAGAAAGUAUGGCAAUUCUGGCAGGACCUGCAUUCGCCACAGCCAGGGAUUGGUCGUUUCGAAGAAGAGAUCGGAACCAUGCAUCCAGCAUGAGCGAGUAAGAACAAGAAGGCUGAUGAAAACUCCGCGAGACUUAUCUGUCGCUGUUAGUCAAGUCCAAGGGCGCGUGAGUCAGAAGGGCGGAGGAUG